AUGGCGGACAUGAUGGGGCCUGAACCGUGGUCCUGGGACGAAGAGGGCGACCUCUGCCGCGUCUGCAGAAGCGAAGCCGAAGAGUCCAAGCCUCUCAUAUAUCCCUGCAAGUGCUCGGGUUCCGUGCGAUAUGUCCAUUCGGACUGCCUCCAAGAAUGGCUGUCCCAUAGCAGGAAGCGUUACUGCGAGAUCUGCGGGCACCAUUACACGUUCACCAAAGUCUAUCCUUCCUCCCUUCCCUCCGCCAUCCCGGCCAUCGUUUACAUUCGUCAGUCGCUCCUGGUGGCCGGACGCCUCACCUGGCGCGUACUCCGCAUCUGUCUGGCCAUUGUCAGCUGGCUAGUGUUUCUACCCUGCAUCACAAUGUGCACGUUGUGGUUCAUUAUCCUCAUGGCAAACUACCUCACAUCGCCAAGUAUCGCAUACGGCAUCCACAAUGUGGUCGCAGAUAGCUACGAGGAUCUCACUGCAAGUGACAACUCCACUUGGACCUCGGCGAACGCCACGGGCCGCGAGCGCGUUCUGGGCGCCAUUGCGACCAACGGCACAUACAACGUCCUUUCUGGGUUGGGUGAUCGUCUCGUAGACGAGAGCAAGAACCUUGUGGCCUUUGUUUUCCGCGGCCAGAUUGUGGCCAUGUCUAUCGCAGCCGGCCUGAUCGGCUUGAUCCUUCUUCGAGAAUGGAUCGGGCAGCUCGACUGGAACACGCGUGUGGUUCCUGACGAAGAAGGAGAGCCAAAGCUCGAGGACUGGGUUUUCCGCAACGGCCAGGCUCUACGCUUUAUCGAUUAUGAGCACAACCACUUUGCCACUGUACCCGGCACACAUGUCGACGGCACCGCCAGCGACAGGGCCGACAACGCAGACGCGGACACCGUGGUCGAGGUGCGCACGGAUGAGAAUGACGACCAGUCCACCGACCAUCCGGUCCGCCCUGUUCCUGCUGGUGUUCAUGUGGACUAUACACCCCCCGAGCAGCAGCUCGAGACCCCCACCGUCGACGGCGCAGACGCCAUAGCGGAGGAGCUGCACGCUGCGCCCGUCCCGGAUUUCCAUGACUGGCGGGACGUGCCUCUCGAGUCAAUGCCCGAGGACCUGCGCGAUCUGGUUCACGAGAUCCAGGAGCGCGAUAGGGAGCGCCAGCCUGGCCCAUCGUCACGACCAUCUGCCGACGUACCGGUCGACGUACCGGUCGACGCAGUCGGAGGCAGCCCCGGUCCUUCUUCGCCUAGGCGUCCAGGCAUGGUCUGGGCACGAGGGGUGUCCGAUUUCUCGGAGUUGACCGAAACGACCGAUGGGCACCUCACAAGCCGAGGAAUCAUCCCUCACGUUGCAGGUGAUGUGAGCCCGAUGGGACACAGCUACUCCCCAGAAGGCGUGCAGCAGCAGCACCGGCAGGCAGACGACGAGGUCUUACAAACGGUGAUCAACACAGGCAGUGGCCCUGAGGCUUCGCCUGAUUUCCGUCGUGCCUCCGAUCCCGUUCUCGACUCUCCCCCUAUUGAGCGUGUGGAGCGCCUAUAUGGCUCGCAAGGGGUACCCGUCCAGCUACACCCAGACGACUCGCCAUUGGCAACCGUUGGGCCUGACACUGAUCGUGGCAUGGGAGUGCUGUUGGAACAGCAUGAGGAGCAACAUGAAGAGCAACAUGAGGAGCAACAUGAGGAGCUGCCCAACGAAUUCGACUCUGAUUCGGGUUCUGGGCCCAUCAACACGCCGCCGACGGUAGACCUUGCACGCACAGACACCGAGUUGGAGGAUCUCGACACGGAUGCUGACGCAGAGGGCGAUGGCGAUGGAGAUGGGGACCGAGAUGAUGGUGAUGAUGGGGAUGAUGGAGAUGAUGGGGACGCCGACCCCGAGGAGGAUGACGACCCGAUUCCCGAUCCCAUCCAGGCGGCCGAGCGUCUCGCAGAGUUUAUGGAAAUUGACGGCGUUGGCGUCGAUAUUCCUCCAGAGGACGACGACGACCGUCCACUCGACGCCGAUGACUGGGAUGGCAUCUUCGAGGUCGUUGGAUUCAUCGGCCCUCUUACUGGUCUGCUGCACAACCACAUCUUCGUCAGCUUUUCGAUGGCCCUCACGCUCCUCGUUCUUGUCGGUCUUCCUAUCAUCAUUGGCAAGAUUGUUCUGUCCACCGACAUUAUCCGCUUGGCCCGCGACGCAUUCGUUGGCUCCACUUGGAUCAUCGCUAUUUGCGUGGACGCUAUUCUGGACUUUCUCGCUACCAUUGUCACCGAUUUCCUCACAAUUCCUCGUCUUCUUGCCAAGUCCGCCGUGGACUGGAUUGUCAAGUCUUUCGGUCUUCCCCCUCUCGAGUUGAACACGUUCGACCAGUUCAACCCUUUCAACCUGACUUCCCAACUUUUUGGAACCCCGGGCAACGGUAGCAGUCUCAUGGCCGUCAACGUCACUUCAGAACUGCCACCCGUCGUGGAUGCUGCUGCCGCCAAAGUCCUGAACGCCUUUGAGCUUGUCGGUGGCGCCUCGUAUGGCGUGUACAAAACAAUGCGCCUUGUCUACAUUUGCAUUGCCGCCUCUCCCGACGCUGUCGACCAGUUCUGGUGCCUUCUCGUGGGCUACGUGUCCGUGACCAUCGGUAUCGUCUGCAUCGCCGUCGCGGAUGCGGCCAACCUUCUGCAGCUUUCCGACAGCUUUGUGGAGAAGGCCCGUAACGUUCAAGUGUUCAUGAAGGUCAUCUUCUUCAUGACACUGGAGAUUGUCGUCUUCCCACUAUUUGUGGGCUUCAUUAUCGACGUCAGCAUUCUGGGCCUAUUCGGCCAAACCCUUGGCAACCGCCUCGAGCGACUGGCGGUCCGCCCCUUUGGGACUCUCUUCGUCGGUUGGCUCACGGGAACAAUCUUCAUGUUCUCCUUUGCCACAUUCCUGGCACACGUCAGGACCAUCUGCCGCAAGGGUGCGCUGUACUUUAUUCGUGACCCCUCGGACCCCUCCCAUUCUCCCGUCAAGGACAUCAUGGAGCGUCCUGCCAUGGCCCAGAUCCCAAGGGCGCCCCCUGUCGUCUGUACCCUUCGACCUGCUGUUCCUCCACCUCAUCCUGCCGCCGUCGUGGGAGGGGCUCCGCGUGUAUCACCGUCUGAAGAAGGGACUCAAGGUCUGGUGGGACUACACUGUCCGCUGGCUUUCCCUGUCAGGGCGAGGAUGACAUGGUUGAUCAUUGAUGCCGUUUGCCAAGCUCUUUUCGGCCAUUACGACAACCGUGCUACACGUGCGCGUGUGCCCAACAAUGACCGCGUCGAACUGCUUCCCCUCACCGAGCGCCGCCGCGAGGGCAUGUUUAUUGCCCUAGACCACAAGGGCUCCCCCAUGACUGAGGCCGACAAGAGUCGUCUCCUCCGUCAGGACCGUGCUGCUCGCCGCGCCGGCCGUAACCCGCUCAAGGACUACACCGUUGUUACGCUCCCCGACUACUGGCGUACCCGAGUCCAUGUCCUGCUUGCGCUCGGACUGCUGUCUGCAAGUGCCGUUACUGCCGCGCUCUUCUUCAUUCCGCUCGCUGUCGGCCGCCUGGCUACUAGCCUUCUCGUUGACGCCCCCAUCUUUGAUGGCUACAACUGGCUCGUCGGAGGCUACGUCUGCUGGGGAUCAUACUCUCUGGGUAACAGCACCAAGAAGCGUAUUGUGCAAUGGAGCCGCGCUGGCCGUCUCCGUCGUUCGCAGACGUCCACUCGCUUCAAGCGCGGGGUCUUCAACGCAGCGCGCUGCGCAUACUCGGUCUUUACGCUUUACUUCCUCCUCCCUCUCCUCGUCGGCGUCAACUUUGAGCUCUUCAUCUCCCUUCCGGCACGCUACGGCUUUUCCAGCGAGCUCACCCCCGUUCUCCAUAUCUGGGACGCGUGGGCGAUGGGCACCGCCAUGAUCUCCAUGUACGUUGGCGCUGUCGGCUUUGCCGGUCACGAGGAGCACGGUCCCGACCUGCCGUUCGGCCAACGGUUCCGCGACGCAUUCAGGCGUCCCCUGCGACAAAAGUUCAAGACGGUCAACCGCUUCCUCUUGCCGAUCGCGCUCUACCUCGUCGUCCCAAUUGUUCUCCCCUGGGUCUUCCUCCUCAGCAUGUGCACUGGCUUGAAGCUUAUGGGUGUUCCCUUGCCGAACGUCGACAACAGCUGGGCUUUCCGCAUGAUGUACCCCGUCACAUCUGCGGGAAUGCUCAUGCUGGCAUCGUGGCGUGUUAUCUCGGAAAUUCUCCAUCGCAUUCGCCAAUGGAUGAUUGACGCCGAGUACGUCCUCGAGGAGCGUGUGGAAAACUAUGACCCCGCGGACGAGGACACUGCCCUUCCUGAGGUGACGGUCCUCGGGCCCGGAGGAGUUGUCCAGCGACUCGUCCCAGGCCCAGACGAGGAUGACUGGGAGGACGUGGAGGUCAUGGCCGAAUGA